UACCAAUGUAGCAAGAUCAAUGCAGUGCAACAUUGAAUGGAAUGGUGAUGAUGGAUUUGAAGUGUUAGAAGGGGUAUACAAGCAUACUGUGAACUUGGGUCAAUAGAAAUGUAGUUGCAGAUCUUGGGAAUUAAAAGGUAUCCCAUGUGCACAUGGUAUAGCAGCAAUGAACCACUUGAACAUGGAUGCAUCACAAGCAAUUUCAAGCUGGUAUAGAAAAGAGACAUAUCUGAAGACAUAUUCUCAUUUCAUUCAACCAGUCCCAAACAUGGAAAUGUGGCCUGAAAGCAGAAACCUAAUGGUUGAACCACCUGAGGCAAGGCAAAUGUCUAGUAGGCCACCAAAGAACAGAAGAAGAGAAAUUGGUGAAGUGAGAAAAGCUGGGAAGUUGCCAAGAAUGGGGACAGUAAUGACAUGUUCAAUUUGCAAAGGAGCAAAUCAUAACAAGAGAAAUUGUCCAAAAAAUUCUAAACCUAAGUCUACACCAACACCCACUCAAGAGUCCACCACUGGAAAAAAGAGGGGUAGAGGUCAAUAUGAAAGAGCAAGCAACAACAAGACUGGUACACAAAGAGGUGCAGGAAGUGGUUACAAGAAGAUGCCAAAAGUGGUUGGACAAGGUGUAUUUGUUGUUGAUACUGGAUAUACAUGUAUUAAUGUUGUGUUUGUGGAGGUUACAAGUCUGGAUCUGCGUGAUUAUUCUUCUUCUGUAUUUCGUCUGAGGCUUUUUGUGGAGACUUGA